AUGGAUAGGGAGAUCAAGAUAAUGAUAGCUGAUUUCAAACAGAUGACCGAUAUCCAAGAUAUUAAGGCACAAUGGAAGAGAGUAAAGGCUGAUAUGGAUAGGGAGAUCAAGAUAAUGAUAGCUGAUUUCAAACAGAUGACCGAUAUCCAAGAUAUUAAGGCACAAUGGAAGAGAGUAAAGGCUGACAUGGCUAGGGAGAACAAGAUAAUGAUAGCUGAUUUCAAACAGAUGACCGAUAUCCAAGAUAUUAAGGCACAAUGGAAGAGAGUAAAGGCUGACAUGGCUAGGGAGAUCAAGAUAAUGAUAGCUGAUUUCAAACAGAUGACAGAUAUCCAAGAUAUUAAGGCACAAUGGAAGAGAGUAAAGGCUGACAUGGCUAGGGAGAACAAGAUAAUGAUAGCUGAUUUCAAAAAGAUGACCGAUGUCGAAGAUAUUAAGGCAACAUGGAAGAGAGUAAAGGCUGACAUGGAUAGGGAGAACAAGAUGAUGAUAGCUGAUUUCAAAAAGAAUACCAAGACUGCUAGAGACUUGGUCGAGGGGGUUGGUCACUCUUUGAAAGCAAGAUUUGGUAAGGCAAAAAUAGACUAA